UACGUGCGUAGUCAGGUAGGCAGAGUACACGCUGCACGAUGGACAAGCAACUGGUCGCACUCUCCGCACUCGUGGCGGCGUUCCUCUUCCUCGCGCCCGACGUGCACGCUCAGACGACAACACAGAUCCUGUUCCAGGUGUUUGAUUUGAACAGAACAUUUCGCACACAAUCAAACACGCACCCUGUGAUGAGUAGUUAACCAUGCAUGCUCUGCUUUCUUCAUUUGGUGUGCACGGUGCUGCGCGUGCUUGAACUUGAAGGGAUUCAACUGGGAAUCCUGGAACAGGCAGGGCGGCUGGUACAACGCGCUCAAGGGCCGGGUGGCCGACAUCGCCGGCGCCGGCGUCACGCACGUCUGGCUGCCCCCGCCCUCGCACUCGACUGGGGCCCCGGCAUGGUCUGCCGCGAUGACACCAGCUACUCCGACGGCACGGGCCACCCGGACACGGGCGCCGACUUCGCCGCGGCGCCCGACAUCGACCACCUCAACCCGCGCGUGCAGCGGGAGCUCUCCGAGUGGCUCGCCUGGCUCCAGAAGGGCGUCGGCUUCGACGGCUGGCGCCUCGACUUCGCCAAGGGGUACUCGCCGGCCGUCGCGAGGGCGUACGUCCGGAGCGCGAGGCCGGGCUUCGUGGUCGCGGAGAUAUGGAGCUCCCUGAGCUACGACGGCGACGGCAAGCCGGCGGCCAGCCAGGACGACAAGCGGCGGGAGCUGGUGAGCUGGGUGAGGGAGGUGGGCGGCCCGGCGGCGACGGCGUUCGACUUCCCCACCAAGGGCGUCCUGCAGGCCGCGGUGCAGGGCGAGCUGUGGCGGAUGCGGGACAAGGACGGCAGGGCGCCCGGGAUGAUCGGGUGGCUGCCGGAGAAGGCCGUCACGUUCGUGGACAACCACGACACGGGGUCCACGCAGAGGAUGUGGCCGUUCCCGGCCGACAAGGUCAUGCAGGGCUACGCCUACAUCCUCACGCACCCAGGGAUUCCCUGCAUCUUUUACGAUCACGUGUUCGACUGGAACCUGAAGCGAGAGAUCACGGCGCUGGCGGCGGUGCGGCGGCGGAACGGGAUCAAAGCCGGGAGCAAGCUGCGGAUCCUGGCGGCGGAGAGCGACCUGUACGUGGCGAUGGUCGACGAGAGGGUCGUCGCUAAGAUUGGGCCGCGGUUCGACGUGGGCGGCGUGAUCCCGCAGGGCUUCAAAGUCGCCGCCCACGGUGAUGGCUACUGCGUCUGGGAGAAGAGCCGUAGGUAGUCACUCAGACCGCCCGCCGGCGCUAGCAACUAGUAGUAGCUACAUGGAAGGCCUAAGGUAGUUUAUUGUUUUAAGCGUGGGGAAUGUUUGUUUCAGAUUUUCAGUAAGUCAAUAAACCUGGAAUAAUGUUUUGCGUCAUGUUGUGAUCAACUGC